AUGGGGUCUCGGAAAUGUGGAGGCUGCUUAAGUGGUCUGCUGAUUCUGCUUGCACUUUGGAGCAUAAUUGUGAAUAUAUUAUUGUAUUUCCCAAAUGGGCAAACUUCCUAUGCAUCCAGCAAUAAACUCACCAACUACGUGUGGUAUUUUGAAGGAAUCUGUUUCUCAGGUAUCAUGAUGCUUAUAGUAGCAGCAGUUCUUCUUGUAUUGGAGAAUGAUAGCAACUAUAAAUGUUGCCAGAGUGAAAACUGCAGCAAAAAAUACAGGACACUGCUGUCGAUGAUCUUUUCUGCCCUUGGAAUUGCUUUCUCUGGAUACUGCCUGGUCAUAUCUGCUCUGGGCCUCGUUCAGGGUCCCUACUGCCACACUCUGGAUGGCUGGGAGUACGCCUUUGAAGGCACGGCAGGACGUUUCCUUACAGACUCCAGCAUGUGGACCGAGUGCCUGGAACCUGCACACGUAGUGGAGUGGAACAUCAUUUUAUUUUCUAUUCUCAUAGCUCUCAGUGGGCUUCAAGUGAUUGUUUGCCUCAUCAGAGUAGUCACUCAGUUAUCCAAGAUACUGUGUGGAACCUAUUCAGUCAUCAUCCAGGUAAUAGAUCACUAG